AUCCUUUUUCGUUUGGUUCGUGUGAGGAUGUUGAGAUCGCUAGGAAAGUCAGAGCAUCGUGUGUCGUAAGAAGAAAAUAUAGCAAAGAAAAAAAAACGUCUAAAGGCGCUGGCCGUCGUCGUCGUCGUCCUCGUCGUCCGUUGGUGGUGGUUGUCUGCUGCUAUUCCGACUCUUGGGUUCGUCCUCGGUGAAAGACAGUUUUUCGACAAUUGAUGACAAGGGAGAGGCGCUGUCCAGUAAUGUUGGCACACACAUAUCUAUACACAACAUGUCGGGCGCUGCUGUUCUGCUGAGCUGUGCAGCAUCUUGAAAAUAUUUUUUAUUGUAGAGUCGAGAAGUCUGGCAGGCACAAACUGGUGAGUGUGUGUGGUGCUGUGGCAGUUGUUCGUCCUCCAAGUAUAUAUGCUGUAACAAGGCAAGGAUACAGUGGAAGGAAAGAAGGCAGAAAGGUACAACAGCAGCAGCAGCAGCAGCAGCAGAAAAAGGCCGAAGGGAACUCGGGAAGGACAAACGAGAAGGAGAAAUUUUCAUCUUUGAUCCAACUUUCGUUUCUCGAGUACACAAAAGAAGUUUUCCUCUUUAUUUUUCUUGUGCAAACCGUGCACUAAAUUGCAUUCUAAAGGUACUUUCGGGAUUGGCCUCGGGAAAUCGGGCGUGAGUGUAGUUUAUUUUUUCUAUUGCGCUGUGGAAUGUGGUUUUGCAAAAUGGUUGUGAAAAGUGUAAUCGAAAUCUAAAGGGAAACCGAUCCAGGCAGCCCCCAUCGGCAGCGCGAGAGGGAGCCAACAAAGAUGUAUUCAUAAGUGAAAAAGGAAAUACGCCCAUUUCUGAUAUUUCCGUUUUUCGCCUGUUUCCUCAAGGGCGGAUGCUGAAUGGUGGUGUUACAUGCAAAAAUAGGUGCCGUUGUGUUGUAUAUCGAUGAAAAUUGGAAUCAAAUUAGCAGGGAAAAUGAAUUUAUUGCUCGCUUCCGUGGCGCUGCUACUCGGUUGCCUAAUUACGGGCGUCGAGGUGAAAAGCUACAAGACGACGACGAAUCGAGGCAGUGGAAUCAGCAUAGGUGGCAGCAGCAGCAGCAGCAGCAGUGUUAGCAAUAGCGAAAAAGUCCGUGGAAGUGGAAGCAGUGGCAGCGGAAGUAGUUCCCCACUGGGAAGUUCCCGUAGUAAGCUACAGCUGAAUGUGGGCCUGUUGGUGCCGCACACGAAUUUCGGACGCCGCGAUUACCUGCGCUCGAUCAGCACAGCCGUGGCUGGUUUGCAGAAGGGGCGUGGACCGAAGCUGACCUUUCUGAAGGACCACGAUUUCCAAACAUCGAACAUACAUUUCGACAUGAUGUCUCUCACGCCAAGUCCGACAGCUAUUCUUAACACACUGUGCAAGGAGUUUCUGCACGCGAACGUUUCCGCCAUUCUGUACAUGAUGAACUACGAAUCGUACGGUCGGAGUACGGCAUCGGCUCAGUACUUUCUUCAGUUGGCGGGAUACCUUGGCAUUCCGGUCAUCUCGUGGAAUGCCGACAACUCCGGGCUGGAACGAAGAGCAUCACAAUCCACCCUGCAGCUGCAGUUGGCACCAAGCAUCGAACAUCAGAGUGCCGCUAUGUUGAGCAUCCUGGAGCGCUACAAGUGGCACCAGUUCUCGGUGGUAACAUCGCAGAUCGCCGGCCACGAUGAUUUCGUGCAGGCCGUCCGGGAGCAGGUGGCCGUGAUGGAUCACUUCAAAUUUACCAUCCUCAACUCGAUCAUCGUAUCCCGUCCGAUCAACCUGGUCGAGCUGGUAAACAGCGAGGCCCGCGUGAUGUUACUCUACUGCACCAAAGACGAAGCCGUGGAUAUCCUGAAGGCAGCCGAAGAAUUGCACAUCACCGGCGAGAACUACGUAUGGGUCGUGACGCAGAGUGUGAUCGAGAAUAUGCAGGCACCGACACAGUUCCCGGUCGGUAUGCUCGGGGUGCACUUCGAUACGUCUUCCAGUGCGUUGUGGAACGAGAUUUCGAACGCGAUUCGGGUCUACGCGUACGGUGUGGAGUACUAUCUGAGCGAUCCGAAGAAUGCCGGCCGCGGUCUCGAUACGCACCAGUUGUCGUGCGAAGACGAAGGUCGAGGCCGUUGGGAUAAUGGAGAGGUGUUCUUCAAGUAUCUGAGGAAUGUUUCGUUGGAGGGAGAACCGAACCGGCCAAACAUUGAGUUCACUACGGAUGGAGAUCUUAAGUGGGCGGAACUGAAGAUUAUGAAUCUGCGACCUAGUGUUAACAGCAAAGGCCUAGUGUGGGAAGAGAUCGGAAUGUGGAAGUCGUGGCAGCACCAGAAGCUCGAUAUCCGAGAUAUAGCCUGGCCCGGCGAUUCACAUUCACCUCCACAGGGAGUGCCGGAAAAAUUUCACUUGAAGGUAACGUUUUUGGAAGAGGCACCGUAUAUCAAUCUGUCACCAGCUGAUCCCAUCAGCGGAAAGUGUCUAAUGGACCGGGGAGUGUUGUGUCGGGUGGCGGCCGAUCACGAAAUGACAGACAUCGAUAUGGGUCAAGCGCACAAAAAUGGAUCGUUCUAUCAGUGUUGUAGUGGUUUCUGUAUUGAUUUGUUGGAAAAGUUUGCGGAAGAAUUGGGGUUCACUUACGAACUGGUUCGUGUAGAAGACGGAAAGUGGGGCACGUUGGACAAUGGAAAGUGGAAUGGGUUAAUCCACGAGUUGGUGAACAGGAAGACUGAUAUGGUUUUGACAUCGCUGAUGAUCAACGCCGAACGGGAAGCGGUAGUAGAUUUUAGUGAGCCUUUCAUGGAGACCGGAAUUGCGAUCGUAGUGGCCAAGCGAACGGGAAUCAUCUCUCCGACUGCUUUUCUGGAACCGUUUGAUACCGCGUCUUGGAUGUUGGUAGGAAUAUUCGCCAUCCAGGCAGCAACCUUCAUGAUCUUUCUGUUCGAAUGGUUAUCGCCCAGUGGAUACGACAUGAAAACUGUGCUGCAGAACGCGAAUAACACUCCGUAUCGGUUUUCGUUGUUCCGGACCUACUGGUUAGUGUGGGCCGUACUGUUCCAAGCUGCAGUGCAUGUUGAUUCGCCGCGUGGAUUUACCUCCCGCUUCAUGACGAACGUUUGGGCCUUGUUUGCUGUAGUAUUUCUUGCUAUCUACACUGCCAACCUCGCGGCAUUCAUGAUAACCAGAGAAGAGUUUCACGAGUUCAGUGGCCUGGACGAUACUCGGCUGUCACAUCCAUUCUCGCACAAACCAACAAUAAAAUUUGGUACGAUUCCUUGGAGUCACACCGAUUCAACAAUAUCCAAGUACUUCAAGGAGAUGCACUAUUACAUGAGACAGUAUAAUAAGACGAGUGUGGCGGACGGCGUUGCGGCAGUUCUAAGCGGUACAAUGGAUGCGUUUAUCUACGACGGAACGGUACUGGACUACCUCGUACAACAGGACGAAGACUGCCGUUUGCUAACCGUCGGUCAGUGGUACGCUAUGACCGGUUAUGGAUUGGCCUUCAGUCGUAAUUCUAAAUACGUCGACAUGUUCAACAAACGGUUGCUGGAGUUUCGUGCCAACGGAGAUCUGGAACGGUUACGUCGAUAUUGGAUGACAGGAACCUGUCGUCCGGGGAAACAAGAGCACAAAUCAUCAGAUCCUCUUGCUUUGGAACAGUUUUUGUCGGCUUUCCUGCUGUUGAUGGCCGGAAUUCUGCUUGCGGCACUACUGCUUCUUCUCGAGCAUCUGUAUUUCAAGUAUUUCCGCAAAAGAUUGGCGAAAAAGGAUCGUGGCGGUUGCUGUGCUCUCAUAUCCCUGUCUAUGGGUAAAUCGCUGACAUUCCGAGGAGCCGUGUUCGAGGCCACGGAGCUACUCCGGCAUCAUCGCUGUAACGAUCCCAUCUGCGAUACCCAUCUGUGGAAGGUGAAACACGAGCUGGACAUGACUCGGUUACGUAAUACUCAGCUGGAGAAAGCUCUGGAUUCGCAUGGCAUUAAACCUCCCCAGGUAAGGAUUACCUCUACCAACGACAUUACCGGUGCCGGCCGGAGAGAGCGAUAUCAACAACGACCGAAUAUUUUGGGUAACCUAAGCCUUGGGGGUAGCGCUCAGGAUCUGUACCGUUGGUCAUACAAAACGGAAAUUGCCGAAAUGGAAACGGUACUGUAAAAAGAAAACCAGCGCAACGCGUAACACCACUAGCAUCAACUACUAAUACUGGUACUAAUACUAAACCCACCCCGUGGCAGAAAAACUCAUACUCACAACGCAGUAAACAUUGUCAAUCUAUAACCGGUAUGGAUCGAGAUAAGUGUCAGUAUUCGUUGAAGCGGAGAGUUUAUUCAGCCCGUAGUAGAAAUCGAGACAGUUAUAAACAAACAAAAAAACACAUAACAAAAACAACAACAAUCAACUGCGCCACAUUCCGUAAAUGGACACUUGAAACCACCGCGGUAGAUCGAGCUUACCAAAACGAGCGAGUUUUGUCGGAAUGAUAAUAGUAAGAGGAGGAAUUGAGGCUGGGGUAAAGCUGGGAACGGUUCUGUCUCUUUGUGCUUUAGCAUAGUUUGGAUAGCUCCUUUUUCACUUAAUUUGUGAAGUGAAAAUUUCUGAGUGAAAUAUUAGUUUAUUUAGUACACAAAGCUUUCUAAACACAGCGUAAAAUCAGUGAAAAAAGGGGAAGUUUAAAAAUUUCGCGAUAUCCAGUUUUCUCAUUUCACGAACGAAUCAUAAACGACAUAUUUGUUUUUGCGACCAUGGCGCCCUCAGGCGAUUCCCCAUCGAAUAUUGUACAUAUAAGUAAUCGAGAGAAACUUUAAAUUCAUGCACGCCAAAAUAGCAAAACUUCGCAACCAUACAAUUGUCAUGAUAUGUUCAAUGUGAUACCGUGCGAUGGCGUUGCCGAGCUGAAUACUGAUAUCGCUCCAAGCUGACAGGGUCUGCAAGUAGUGAAGAGAAUUGUCAAAUUCAUGCGCGCUAAAAUAGCAGCACUGGGUAAUUGACAGGCACGUUCAAUGUGGUACCGUGUGAUGGCGUAGCUGAGCUGAAGACUGGUUUCUCUCCAUGCUAACAGGGUCGAGUUAUAUUUUCUUCUGAGAAAUUCACACGACAUCGUCACGGAACGUUUUGACGACUGGCAAGUUGACUGACUGUCUGAAUCGGUCUAAAAACUAGGCGAGAUUAGGUAUUUCGUGAUGCAAAAAAAAAAACAAUCUCCAAAGGGAAAAUCAGUUAAAGUUUUUCUUUUUGUUUUUUGAUACUUUUGGAGAGAUUCUACAACUACAAAAGAGCGCAACAAUCAUCAAAAAAAACUAUCAAAUAAUAACAUAGUGGUCUAGAAAAACAUCUACUACCACUAUGUUAUUUGGAUCGUUUCUGAUUUCUGAUAAUUUUGCGCUGAGACACAAUGAACACCUCAAAUUAUGAUUUCCAAAACGCGUCCUCGAAAAUACUUCUCCACCGACUUAUUUCGCUAUAUUUUCUACGAAAACAUUACAAAAUGUUGUUCGAAUGAUGCAUUAAUAUUAAGCAAAACAUUUGAAUUUAUUUGUUGUUCGCGAAAAUGGUGUUAUUUUUCGCCAUCCGUUAGAACUUAAACUAUGUUUACUCCUCGCGUUAUUUCAUAUUUAGAAACGUCACAUUAAAACAUGUAUUCCCUAAAUAACAUGAAACAGCUGUCAGUCAAGCACAACCCUGGUAGCAUUUUCCGUCAUUUGUCGACUGUAUGAAUUGACAAGCUGAUGUCGAAUCAGUUUUUCAUCAAAGUAGUCAUGUAAUCAUAAUAAAACAAUCCUGGAAACGGGUGUAACCAUUUUUGUUUUUUAUAUUAAGGCUGUGAACCAUUUCGCGGAUAAUUUUAACUUUUGGUUGAAAUCUGACACUUGAGUGUCGAGUAGUUAAAUUUAACUAAAACCGUGGCCCAUUUCAUUUUUUGACGGACGGAAAGUUAUAUGGGUUUAUUUUCCACAGGAAAUAAUUUCAACUAUAGAAUUAAUAUUAGAAUUUUCAUGCAAGUUUUUUUUCAGUGUCGGAAAAUAACAUUGUUUUCUCACUACCAAACAUACCCAUAUUUCAAUCUCAUUUACCUCGUCUCAAGAUUCGUUUUUUGUACGUACAUGCGGGAUUGACGAAUAUCAAAUGAAGUGGAAUAAAAAAAAGAAAAAAGAAAGAGGAGGGAAAUAAACAAGAGACGUACCGCGAGAUAAUGACGCAAUUUCGCCUGGACAAUUUUGACAGCAGCCGGAAUGCAGCCAGCCUUCUGACGGUUGCCAGAAUUCCUCACAAGCGGGGUUAUUUUUGACAGCAUCAAAACAACCGCUAGAGUGUCAGAUUUCCACCAAAAGUUAAAAUUAACCGCGAAAUGGUUCACAGCCUCAGAGUUUAAUUUUUUGGUCAGUUUUUGCUUAAUAUUUAUUCCAAGUCAAUAACCAACGUUUCGAAGCGAUGAACCUUAAACACGUUGGCAAUCAACGUGAAAUAAAUAUUUAAAACCAACAAAUGACCAAAAACAAAGAUAAAUACAUUUUAUACAUAGAAGAAAACUUUCCAAACUGUUGCUUUUUUCGCUGAAUCUCUUGCAUCCAACAAACGUCAGUUGUUGCCGAAAUUGUCAGCAUAAAGUUUACUGACUAUUCGACAUAACCAGUGAAUGUUCGGCAAAAGCACCAACUGAGCAAAUAAAUGCAAACAAACAAUUGGUUUUUGUUUUAAUUGUAAACAUUCAAUUUGGAUCGAUUUCAUUUUAUUUCCAUAAAAACACAAAAAUGACUACCGAAAUAUUUCGUCAUAAAUACACAUAAAUAGAACAUAAAUAACAGUUGUCUAACCAUAUUUCGUCAAACGCAUUUGCUGGUUUCGGGAUAAUUGUUAAUCGCCGAUGAGUUCAGCCAAAGAUAACAGAUAUACAGGCUCACUUAUGAACUGUGUGUAAAAUUUGCUCAAUCAGCGUGGCGAUCACUUGCAGAUGUCACCACGAUCGACACGAGGUGCCGCCACGAUUUGGGUGUCGCUUUCACAUAAGCCAAAAUUUUGGGUGCAACAUUCACUUCACGCUAGAUUUUCGUUUAGCUAUUGGUUAAAAUGACAGGUUUAUUUUUGUUUUAUUACGAUCGAAUUAUCGUGUGAUUUAUGCGACAUGGAAAUAAAAUUAUCUUUAAAACUUAGGGAAAUUGUGUGAUAAGUGUUAAAAUUGUUGUAGUUGGAAUAUUUCUAUAACAGGCAGGAGGAUUUUGUUAUCGUUCCGGAACGUAGUGAAACGUUUUCGAAGAUCGCGGCGAAUAGUCGAGUAGGUGGCAGUAAUGUUUCCAACGUAUAGCAAAUUAGAAAUCUCGGCAAAUGAUGCACUUUGCCAGCAAAUCAGUAAAUUUACUAAACGAUUCUAGGAAAACAUAAUAUUGAUUACUGAGCAGUCAGCAACAUUGUGUGUUGCCGAUCUGUCUCGGUAUUUUACUUUACCGAACUCGAGAAUUGGUUUUAAGUGUGUAGCAACAUUUGUCUGACAGUCGUCUACAUUUGUUUGACAGUUUUUUUUUCAAAAAUACUGAGUUCAGUUUUUCCUUACUAAUGUUUAUAGUCUCUCAACGGUAACAUCAUGCUUAGUUAGAAAAAGUAACUGUUUUUUUCUUUCUGGAUGUUGUCGGAGUACAUUUUUCUUUUUUACGAAUCGAGCACCAGUACGAUUUAUAAACUUGGAGCAUUGAAUCGGAUGAAAAUGCAAGUGCGACAAACAUUUGUUUGCAGUUUGUUCCAUCCCUCGGGAAGCCGCAAAGUGAGAACACUGUAGCUGCACGUAGAACGCCUCUUUCCCGUCGUCAGAUCUCCCUUUGUGAGGGCAGUAUACAUUAACGAUGCUGUAGUUAAAGAAAACGGUCUUUAAUUCUUAAUUAACGCCAAAGCCGGUAAUAUGAAUAUUAAAAACAAACAAAUGAUCGAAAAUACAUUUUUACAUAGAAAAAAUAUUUCAAAACGGUUUCUCAGAGAAGUGGUGGAAAAAUGGAAGCGAAUGGUUUAAUAUUCAUAUCAAUUGUGGAAAACCUAGCUUCGUGAAACAAGUAAUGCAAUUUUCAUUUUUUCUCUGUAGACUCUAUAGACGUAAAGUAGAGCAACCCAAACUGUAAAGAAUAAUAGAAACUCAUUUCUUAUGAGCAGCGUAGUGUUCAUCAAAAAUAUUUCAAAUCGCUCAUUUUGAAUUUCAAUUGGAUUCCGAGUAAAGUAUUUUUUUCAACUGUUGAUAGAGGAGAAAGCAUUCUUCGCUCAUCUGAGAGCUAUCGCAUGAAGAGACAGACUUACAUUCCGGCUUCUGCUCAUUAACGAAUAAUCCGACAGAACAGAAGAAACAAAAAAAAAACACUCAACCCACUGCUAUGAAAUCUAACGUUCAUAGCCAACCCAAAAUAAUGCUGAAACUUUAUGCUAAAGGAAUGACAAAAAAUAAAAGGAUGUAGUCCAGAAAAGACGUUCUACUUAUUUACCGAAACUUUUACUAUAAAACGUAUUUGAAGACGUACAACAUAUAUUGUAUUUUAUAACUUUUAUUCUAAAUUGUCAAUACACAGCCAAAGCCAGAAAUGAUGAUUGUAUUCAAAUAUUUACUUUAUAUUAUACAGCUCGAAAGUUUUUAAAAGCGGUUUUGAUCAGUGAAAACGGUUUGCAUUUAUUUUUGUAUGGAUCUUUUUGAUACGAAUCGCAAAGAAAAUAUACACCGAAGCAACACGAAACAAGUAGACACGGAUAUGCGGAAAAGCUCAACCGAAUCGCGCGAAAAUCUAUGAAGCUGAAAGCAUGAAAAAAUUUUAUGACGUCAUAGAGUAAAAGAAACCAGAAACAGAUGACUUAGUAUAGAACCGAGUUUACUAUAAAAGAAAAUAUUUCGACGUUUUACGCUUAUUACAUAUAAACAAAACAUAAAGGAAACCCGUUAAAUGAAAUGCAAAUCCCAUGAAAGAACACCCGAACACAUCACGGAGCAAAAAAAAAAAAAAGAAAGAGAGUAGCAGAGCUCCGAAAGAGAAUAACAUACACAGCUAAAGCAUUACUAAGAUUUAAAGUUUAAACCUAAUUAAACAGAGAUGCAUUGUAAUUUUGAAUAAAAACUAAACUGCAACAGCCCACGACAUUACUAAGUAAAUUUAUUGAGUGGUUUUAAUAAAAAAAUAAAAGAAAAAUGGAAAUAAACAGUUAACUUUGUAGAAAACUUACAAACAAAAGCAACAAUCGCCGAGAAAAAAAAAUGAUCAUAUUACUAAUCUGGAUUGCGUUGAAGCAUUUUGAAGAUUUCAAUAGGGUUACAGGUUAUGUUGAACGAAUCUGCAUAACACAUAGUCACACACUCACUCACUCACAAACAAACAAAAAAAAAUACUAAUUGUAGUGAUGCGUAUGGGAGGUGUAAUAAUUGUUAUUAUUAACAUUACAUAAAAAAGGCCUAAUAAUUACUGAGACGGAGAUACAAGCCAAAGAACACUUUUUUAGCAAAAAAAAAACAAGAAACAACCGACACUUACGGAACGGAUUGACGAAGACGAACUUUUAACGAAACGAACACGGACAAAACUUUGUGCGAAAUGAUGUAAACCGGUGCAACUGAAAUCAAAAAAUGAAGUAAAGACACUAAAUAAGUAAACACAGAAAGAAAGAAGAAAAAAAAACUUUAUGGGAGGUUAUUCCGUUGUUUCUCAUCCGAGUGUACUGAUAGCAUACGGGAAGAAGGAAGCUAAACGAAUCGGUUUUGGUUAUCGUUAGUAAAGAGAGAGGAUAAACUAAAAUUGGUUAACAUUUUGCUACGUAACCGAAAACAAUGGAUGUGUGUGUGCGCGUUGGAUGCGUGAUGAAUUUUGAAGUGGCAGGCAAAGAAGGAGAUCUGCCAACGAUUCGAAGGUAGUAGGUUUCUUAAGUGAAAGAAGAACAGAAGGAAUGUAGGAAGUGAAUGAUCUCCAUUACAAUCAUCACACGAACACAUGGUGGGACAUAACAGAAAUUAAAGUACACAAUUGAAAAAAAAUGCUUGCGUAAAACUAAACAUCCAAAAAAUAGUUUGAGUAAACAAGAAUAAAAACUGUUUAGGUUUCAUACGUGUUCAUAAAAUAAACAAGUUAGUAGUGUUGCUUUGAAAAUGUAGAAAUGGUUAUUGCAGUUGAUUUGAAGGUCGCAGAAAUACCGAACCUUAGGUUUGUUUUGACAGUUUCGGCACUAACUCGUUGAGUAACACGAAUAAAAAAAAUCAGUCAACUAUUGUAGCAGGACAAGCAUAUAUUCUGGGCUUCCGGGGACUUAUCUGUGGCGUUGAUGUCUGUGAAAGUGAUCCUUUCGUUGAAAAUAUUAACUUUUGUUAUAAAAAUUGAGGUUUGAAAGAUUUAAAGAAAUAGAUUGGUCGUUGUGGAACUUCUGUGUAAGCGAUGCACGUAACUUAGUUUAUGUGAAUUAAUUUUUUUAUGUUAAUUAAGUUUAUGUAAAUAGUUUUUUUUUUUAAUUCGUCACAAAUGAUCAGUCUCGUGUUCUAGAUUCAUAAAAUGGGACAGUUAGAAAGCUUGAACAUGAACAUUCUAGUUCCAAUAUUGAAUUUAAUGUUUUUCACUCUCACGCUGUUACAGAAAUUUUGUCGCUGCAGAACUAGCCUGCAAUUGAGCCAUUGUCAAUAAGAAAUCUUACCUCUCACUCAGUAGGCUGAGGUACAAUCAGGGAUGCCAACAAAUGUGACAUAAUAAUGAUU